ACACUUGUCACAUCCCGCUGUGCCCUGAGCUGAGCGAGGUCCAGGGCGAUGCCAUGUGGGGCGCACGGGGUGUUUCCAGGGAGGAGGACCUGGCAGUCAAUGCGCUGCCCUUGGCUGCAUCUCUUGCCUGGCUGAUGAAGGCGAAGGGAAGGGAAUCGCCCUCCCUGGAGCCGCCAAGCCAGGCUCAGCCCCACGCACGCUGGGAGGGCAGCAGCGGCUCGUGGAGGGUGGAUGUGGGAGGCAGAGGUGGGGGGUCGGGAUCUUUUUCGGUCGCUAACCCUGCACCGCCGGUUCCUCCGUGACUCACAUCCUUCCCCGCAGCGGCCGCUCUCAUCCCCUGCCCCAGCGGGGCGACCACCAGCCUGGCCCCCCAACACGUCCCCCGUGGGGCUGGGGCCACGCCGGCUUCCUCCCCGCUGGCCCCCCACCUUUCCUCACUGCCCCCGGCUCUCCCAAAGCCCACGACGUGAAGGUGGCCGGGGCGGGCUCCACGCCUGCGGGGCGUCCCUCGAGGGGACGGGGACACCGCGGCGCCCGCGGGCCCUGCGUCAGCACCGCCGCGAGCUUCAAAACCCGGCGCCGAGGCGGCCGGGGAGGAAGUGGGAGCCCAGCCCGGCACCAUGUCGGAGCUGGAGCAGCUGCAGCAGCGCGACAUCCCAGCGGGCCGGCAGGUCCUGCGCGACAACCACUGCAACCUCCACAGGGUCGCCGACUACUGCGAGAGCAACUACCUGCAGGCGAGCGACAAGCGGAAGGCGCUGGAGGAGACGAUGGCGCUGAGCACACAGUCCCUGGCCAGCGUGACGUACCAGGUCAGCAGCCUGGCCACCGCCUUCCUCCGGCUGCUGGACCUGCAGGCGGCCGAGCUGCGGAAGGUGGAGGCUGACGUCGACUGCGUGGCCCAGAGGGUUGACAUGCACAAGGAGAAGGUGUCUCGCCGGGAGAUCGGCGUGUUGACCGUCAGCAAGAGGUUCCCGUCCCACCAGAAGAUCGUGUCCCCCCCCAGCCCGCCCUGCCUGGAGCCCUACUACAGGAAACCCCUCAACUUCAGCGUCCUGGAUGACAUCGGCCACGGCAUAAAGGACCACAGCACCCAGCUGUCCCGCACGGGCACCCUGGCUCGGAAGGGGACCAAGUCGACGGCGCAGGCUGCAGGCACCCUGGGGAGAAGCACCCGUGUCCCCGAGCCCAUCCAGCCACCCGUGGUUCCCGAGGGCAAGCUCUCCGCGGCCUCCUCCACCUCCUCGCUGAUACCCAGCAGCUCCACCGGAGCCCCGGCAGCCCCCGGCGAAGGCAUCCCCGCACCGCCACCGCCACCACCCUCCCUGCCGGGGCCAUCCCCACCGCCUGCAGCUGCCGUCCCGCCGCCCCCGCCACUGCCGGGGGACCUGGCUGUACCCCCACCAGGGGACCUGGCUGUACCCCCACCCCCACCAGGGGACCUGGCUGUACCCCCACCCCCACCGGGGGACCUGGCUGUACCCCCACCCCCACCAGGGGACCUGGCUGUACCCCCACCCCCGCCGGGGGACCUGGCUGUACCCCCACCCCCGCCGGGGGACCUGGCCGUGCCCCCGCUGGACCUCAUGCCUCCAGUCCCUGAUGACUUUGAGCCGCCGCCGCCACCGCCAGCUUUGCCCGACUUUGAGGAUAUGGCCCCGCCGCCACCGCCCGCCGCAGAGGACCCCCCCUGGGCCCCGCAGGGCUACCUGGAGAAAGUGGUGGCCCUUUACCCCUACACGCAGCAGAAGGACAACGAGCUCUCCUUCCAGCCCGGCGCCCUCCUCUUCGUCACGCGGCGGUACUCGGACGGCUGGUGUGAGGGCGUCAUGGGCGAGGAAGCCGGUUUCUUCCCCGGCAAUUACGUGGAGCCCUUCUGAGCACGGAGGGAGGGCAGCCCCCUGCAUCCCCCACCCCGGAUCACCCACCUGGCUCGGCCGCAUCCUGCUCCUGCUCAGACAGGGCUGCGCUUCGCCUUUGAAUUUUGGCUUUGCACAGCUGGGGUUUUGCACAGCGCAGCCCUUGCGUGGGCAGACAGACUGGGUGCCGCUACCGGCACCGCUGCACCCUGGCAGCACCCAGAGCACCCUCCUGCCCAGCCCCUCUCCCGUCUGCCUUUUCUUUAUGUUUUUAACGACAGCAGCGCUGGCUGCUGCUGGUGCUGGGCAGGUUUAGCACCGGGACACUGCAGCUCUCCCAGCCGAUGGAAACGCGGCGGGCGACACGUUGGGCCGAUCCUGGCGAUGCUCCCGGCCCCGCGGGAGGAGCGAGGGCAGCGCAGGACCGAAGCGCAGGUACAGGAGAUGGGGCUGAACGCCUGCAGGGACGAGGCGACGAGCAGCACCCGGCCCCGGCCGCCCCAGGGAACUGGCCUGCUGUCCCCAGCAGUGUCAGAGGCAGAGGGGGAUGAACCAGGGCCCAAUCCUGCACCAAAGG